AUUUUCCUCUUCUGUUUUUUCCGAGUGCAUUCCAUCUUCCACGGCUAACCUCGCAGCUGCAGUCAAAGGAGGCAAAAGCAUCCUCUGUCAAACUGCUGUGACCAGUAUAGGUUACGCUACUCGAGAUUUUCAACCAACGUCUCAACAAAGCAUAUUUGAAGAACCACCAAGAUGACUGACUCAAAGUAUUUUACAACUAACAAAAAAGGUGAAAUCUUUGAAUUGAAGGCAGAACUGAACAAUGAGAAGAAAGAGAAGAGGAAAGAGGCUGUGAAGAAGGUUAUUGCGGCAAUGACUGUAGGAAAAGAUGUCAGCUCUCUUUUCCCAGAUGUGGUGAACUGCAUGCAGACUGAUAACCUGGAGUUGAAAAAGCUUGUGUACCUGUACCUGAUGAACUAUGCCAAGAGUCAGCCAGAUAUGGCCAUCAUGGCUGUCAACAGCUUUGUGAAGGACUGUGAGGACCCCAACCCUCUGAUCCGGGCUCUAGCUGUGCGCACCAUGGGCUGCAUCCGCGUGGACAAGAUCACCGAGUACCUGUGCGAGCCCCUCAGGAAGUGUCUGAAGGACGAGGACCCGUACGUGAGGAAGACUGCCGCCGUGUGCGUGGCCAAGCUCCACGACAUCAACGCACAGAUGGUGGAGGACCAGGGCUUCCUGGACUCCCUGAGGGACCUCAUCGCUGAUUCCAACCCCAUGGUGGUGGCCAAUGCCGUGGCAGCUCUGUCGGAGAUCAGCGAGUCCCACCCCAACAGCAACCUGCUGGACCUGAACCCUCAGAACAUCAACAAGCUCCUCACCGCUCUGAACGAGUGCACUGAGUGGGGCCAGAUCUUCAUCCUGGACUGCCUGUCCAACUACAACCCAAAAGAUGAGCGGGAGGCCCAGAGCAUCUGUGAGCGUGUCACCCCACGGCUCUCUCAUGCCAACUCGGCCGUGGUGCUGUCUGCCGUCAAGGUGCUCAUGAAGUUCCUGGAGCUCCUGCCCAAAGACUCGGACUACUACAACACCCUCCUGAAGAAGCUGUCCCCACCGCUGGUCACACUCCUCUCAGGGGAGCCCGAGGUGCAGUAUGUGGCCCUCAGGAACAUCAACCUCAUCGUGCAGAAGAGGCCUGAGAUCUUGAAGCAGGAAAUCAAGGUGUUCUUUGUCAAAUACAACGAUCCCAUCUAUGUCAAGCUGGAGAAGUUGGAUAUCAUGAUUCGACUGGCCUCCCAGGCCAACAUUGCCCAGGUCCUGGCUGAGCUGAAGGAGUACGCCACUGAGGUGGACGUGGACUUUGUCCGCAAGGCUGUGAGGGCCAUCGGGCGCUGUGCCAUCAAAGUGGAGCAAUCUGCUGAGCGAUGUGUGAGCACCCUUCUGGACCUCAUUCAGACCAAAGUCAACUACGUCGUCCAGGAGGCCAUUGUUGUCAUCAGGGACAUCUUCCGCAAGUAUCCCAACAAGUAUGAGAGCAUUAUUGCCACUCUCUGCGAGAACCUUGACUCCCUGGACGAGCCGGAUGCCCGCGCCGCCAUGAUCUGGAUUGUGGGCGAGUACGCCGAGAGGAUCGACAACGCAGAUGAGCUCCUAGAGAGCUUCCUGGAGGGUUUCCAUGACGAGAGCACACAGGUGCAGCUGACUCUCCUGACAGCCAUAGUGAAGCUGUUCCUGAAGAAGCCCUCAGAGACCCAGGAGCUGGUGCAGCAGGUGCUCAGUUUGGCCACUCAGGACUCCGACAACCCUGACCUGCGUGACCGUGGUUACAUCUACUGGCGUCUGCUCUCCACGGACCCUGUGACGGCCAAAGAGGUGGUCCUGUCCGAGAAGCCCCUCAUCUCCGAGGAGACAGACCUGAUCGAGCCCACCCUGCUGGACGAGCUUAUCUGCCACAUCGGCUCGCUGGCCUCAGUCUACCACAAGCCCCCCAACGCCUUCGUGGAGGGCAGCCACGGCAUCCACCGCAAACACCUGCCCAUCCAGCAUGGCAGCAUCGACACCGGGGAGAGCCCUGUGAGUGCAGGCCCCGCCGAACCCAACAACCAGCCCAUCAACCAGGUCAUCCCCUCGCAAGGCGACCUCCUGGGUGACCUGCUCAACCUGGACCUGGGGCCCCCUGUCAACGUGCCGCAGGUGUCCUCCAUGCAGAUGGGGGCGGUGGACCUGCUCGGCGGAGGACUGGACAGCCUGCUCGGGGGAGACCUGGGCGGCGGUGUUGGGGGAAGUCCUGCAGUGGGCCAGAACUUCAUCCCCUCGUCCGUGCCGAACACGUUCGCCCCGUCGCCCACCCCGGCGCCCAUAAGCAGCGGGCUGAAUGACCUGUUUGAGCUCUCGACCAGCAUGGCCACCACCGCGGGCGGACACGUGGCCCCCAAAGCUGUUUGGCUCCCGGCAGUGAAAGCCAAGGGACUGGAGAUUUCCGGCACAUUCUCUCGCCGGCAGGGGCACAUGUACAUGGACAUGUCGUUCACCAACAAAGCCCUGCAGCACAUGACCGACUUUGCCGUCCAGUUCAACAAAAACAGUUUUGGCGUCAUCCCCACCACGCCUCUGCCCAUUCACACCCCCCUGAUGCCCAGCCAGAGUAUCGACAUCUCUCUGCCCCUCAACACCAUCGGUCCCGUCAUGAAGAUGGACCCUCUCAACAACCUGCAGGUGGCUGUGAAGAACAGCAUUGAUGUCUUUUACUUCAGCGGCCUCAUCCCCCUCAACGUUUUCUUUGUGGAGGACGGCAAGAUGGAGAGGCAGGUGUUCCUUGCCACAUGGAAAGACAUCCCCAAUGAGAAUGAGCUGCAGUACCAAAUCAAAGAAUGCCACUUAAAUGCAGAUACUGUUACAGGGAAACUGCAGAACAAUAACAUCUUCACCAUUGCCAAGAGGAACGUGGAGGGCCAAGACAUGCUCUACCAGUCCCUCAAACUCACCAAUGGCAUCUGGAUCCUGGCUGAGCUCCGCAUCCAGCCUGGCAACCCCAACUACACACUCUCCUUGAAGUGCCGGGCUCCUGAGGUCUCCCAGUAUGUGUACCAGAUGUACGACUCCAUCCUGAAGAACUAAAGCUGUCCGCCUCUCCCCUCCACAUUCCUCAUAUGGUGGAUCAGACCGCAGCUGUCAGUUUCCCUUCUGCGUUGUAUUACAUGUUACGUUUCGGAAGCUAAGACAUUCACCGCCUCCAUCCAGGCCAUGCAUUCUAAUGUUGGUCGGUGAAACAUGGUUGGUAGAUAGGGAAUUUUCCCCCCCACACAUACUCCCACGCACAACAAAAAGAGUACUGCAUGCUUCCACAUCCCUUUCCCCUCAGCCAUUUAAAAAAAAAAAAAAACAUACUUUAUGUUGACGAUUGGUUCUGCUCCGGCACUGAAUCUACUUACCGUACUUGACCAUUCCAGUGAAAAAGAAGGAAGUGUGUCGUUGUGUUGUUUCAGGGUUGUUGUUUUUUUCUUUAUCUUUGACGCAAUGGGGCAGGGUGCAGAGCAUAGGUCAAAUGUUUCUUACCUGAGUCAGGAAACAGACAGAAAGGGGGGGACCCAGGAGAGAAAAGCAGCAGAAGUCUACGUAGGCCAAAUCACUCAAGUCCAUACUCCAGCUCUGGUUUUAUCGCCAUAAACCACAGCAGCAACCACUAUUUACGGUAGCUAUUCCAGUAUAUCUGCUUGAUCCAUUAGCCAGGGUGAGUUCUGUUUGCCUGAUGCCCUCUCACCCCUCCCCCUUUGCUAAUGGUGUGUUUGCUGCCAUUACCUGAUUUUGAUGGUGUCUUAAUGUGGUCCCCCGUGGGGUGGUAACUGUGGUGCAGUAUUGACAUGCCCGCCGCGUGCAGUAAGCUGUGCAUAGUGAAGCCUAUUACUCACACACUCCACUAAUGAAUUAUGUUAUGAUAUAUGCGUACUUGUAGUGCUUCGUCCCAUUUACAAUGCAAUAUUUUUCCAUAUGCAUAUGUAGAUUUAAAAAAGAAAAAAGCAGCUGCCUCGGAGGUUAUAAAAAGAGUGUGGCUGUCUCAAAAUAAUGCCAAGCCAAUGCCAAUAUGUGGUUUUGUGUGUUUUUUGUUUACUCCGAGUCUUAAAAUGGUGUUUUAUGCGAUUUUCUUGUCAAGCCUGCAGUCUUGUGCUCAUGACAGUUGCGAGGCCAGCCCCUUGCUCGCGGUCCCUGGCCUCAACGGCUCUCAGCAGCGUAAAGUCAGGCACUGUAGAUGGUAGAUUGGGAUCUCCGCAGCACUCCAAGCUCUCUGAGGUUACCAUUUAUCUCCAAACUUAAAAGACAGCUUAAUAUCUCAGUCCUGUUUUUUUUUACCUGUGAUGUGGAGGUAAUUUGGAAUUAUAAUUAUAUUAUAAUAUUAUAAAAAAAAUGUUAAAAAAAAAACUUCACAGAAGUACGUGUAGAAAUUAAACAACUACUUAGCAAAUCACUUACUAUAAAUGUGAUGGAAAAGGUGUGAAAGGUACCAAUAAUAAUAUUUGUGACUGUACUGUUCUUGUUGCCAUACAAGCUGACGUGCCUGUGAAGCUGCAUGGAAGCAGUCUCUCUUGCUCACAUUGGAACCCUUCCCUUCGUGCCCGUCUUUGCCCGCAAUUUAUGCGUACAGCUUGAUAGUGAGAGACAACUGUAAUCCUCGCACACACACUUCACGCUGUCUAGUUCUGGUUAGAAACUGUAGGUGUGACGCGCUUUUUAAAGUUGAAAUAAAUCUGAUCUAGCAGCCUAUCUGGUGGGAUAAUUACAUGCAACCGAUCAGCACGGCAGCCCCAGAGGUCCAAGCUUUCUGUUGGUGAUAAUGGUGUUAGUGUGACAGCUACUUAUCGGUCAAGCCGCACUCCCGAGUCUCAUCCUCUGAAAUAUCUCGAGAUGAGAUGAGACCUUUAUAGUAGUUUUUGAAACUGUACCAGGGCGAUAAAGCCUCUUGUCAUGACUGAUUUGAUGCUCUCGCCAGCAUUCCUUAUUGAUUACUGUCACUCUGUGUUGCCAAUGUUUUAUCAUGUUUUUUUUGUUUUUCAAUAAAACUGUCCUCUCUGUA